CCCAACAAAUCCUCGACGACUUUAAUAUAUUUUUUUGUUUUUUAUUUAAUUUAAGCCGCCAGCUUCUUGCUCCUUUUUGUCAUCUACAAUUACAAAAAGUCUAUACGCAUCCACAAUUAGUUAUACAAACUAUUACAAAGAGCAGAUAAUAUAUAUAUAUAUAUAUAUAUAUGUUUGGAGGGAGAGAGUGAGGGAAAAGAAUUGAAGAAGUGAGAAAAUGGGGUGUGGAAAUUUGUUCUACAACUUACUCGUAACAUUCUCUGUAGCUCUAAUUACAUACAACAUAAUAAUCUCGGCCAAUGCUCCUCUGAAGCAAGAGCUCCCUGGUCCAUCAAAAUCAUCAUCAAUCUCAGUGGACCCUGUGAUCAAGAUGCCACUCGACAGAUCACGAAAAUACGGUAAGAAGAGAUUGUUUCACACGGCGGUUACAUCAUCGGAUUCUGUGUACAACACGUGGCAGUGUAGAAUUAUGUACUACUGGUUCAAGAAGUUCAGGGACGGCCCUAAUUCUGAGAUGGGUGGCUUCACCAGGAUCUUGCACUCUGGUAAACCUGAUAAGUUUAUGGAUGAGAUCCCUACUUUUGUUGCCCAGCCUUUGCCACCUGGCACGGAUCAGGGUUAUAUAGUUCUGAACAGACCAUGGGCGUUUGUACAAUGGGUUCAACAAGCAAACAUAAAAGAAGACUACAUAUUGAUGUCAGAGCCAGAUCAUAUCAUUGUCAAGCCCAUACCAAAUUUGGCUAAAGAUGGGCUUGGAGCAGCAUUUCCUUUCUUUUAUAUUGAACCGAAAAAGUAUGAGUCUACUCUGAGAAAGUACUUCCCCGAGGAGAAGGGACCAAUAACAAACAUUGACCCUAUUGGGAAUUCUCCAGUUAUUGUUGGGAAGGAUUCUCUUAAGAAGAUUGCUCCCACUUGGAUGAAUGUGUCCUUGGCAAUGAAGAAGGAUCCUGAAACAGAUAAGGCUUUUGGUUGGGUGCUUGAAAUGUAUGCCUAUGCUGUUGCUUCUGCUCUGCAUGGUGUUGCCAACAUUUUACACAAGGACUUCAUGAUUCAGCCUCCUUGGGAUACUGAAGUUGGCAACAAGUACAUAAUCCAUUACACUUACGGAUGUGACUAUGAUAUGAAGGGUAAGUUGACUUAUGGUAAGAUUGGAGAAUGGAGGUUUGACAAAAGAUCUUAUGAUACUGUUGUACCACCAAAGAACCUGCCCCUGCCUCCACCUGGUGUCCCAGAAAGUGUGGUGACACUGGUGAAAAUGGUGAAUGAAGCCACAGCAAACAUUCCAAACUGGGGGACGUAAAAAAAAAAAAAAAAAUGAAUUGAUGGAAGAUGG